GCCAAUAUUAUUUCUCUUGCUCUACAAUAAUAAUUUAUAUAUUCUCUCUUUGAUAGUGAUAAAUCAAUUAUAUCCUCAUUCUCCUGUUAUUAUUCUAUUCCAUGCUGCCCUCAACAACUCGUACGGAAUUCUAUGUGGUUCGGUGGGCCGUCCCUCGUCAUCCCUAUUCGCAGAGUCCGCCAAUCCUCAGUCACGGGACUAGCACAACUAGCCCCUACUCUACGGCUUUACUAUGGCCAACACUAAGGAGUAUUGAUAUUCGAAAAGCACCCGGCCUGCCACUUCAAUAGUGGCCUUGAUUUUCACCCUAGCCGGAAUAAUUAUAGGAUAGUCCUGUCUAUUCUCGAACGCUGCUAGACCGUAUCGGAUCCGAGCGAGGAUCUCUCGGGUGCGAUGCAAUCAGGGGACAUACAUAAUCCAUAGUUUGUAGUCCAUACAAUACAGAAUAUCUGUGACGCUCCUUGCAUUACAGGAUUCCAGAAACGAAAGCACCUUAAUUCUCCGUCUCUAUUAUAAUAGUACUCUGUAACGAUAUUAAUAGCAUGUCAUCUCUCAC